AUGAGGCCGAUUCUUCUUUCCGGGCACGAGCGCGCACUCACGCAAUACAAUGCUGAUGGAGAUAUCAUUUUCUCCGUUUCCAAGGAUCACGUCGUUUGCGCUUGGUACUCACACAACGGCGAGCGGAUAGGAACAUACCACGGACAUCAGGGAGCGCUAUGGACGGUCGAUGUGAAUCCAUCCUCGGAGCUGCUAGCCACGGGUGGCGCGGACAACACCAUGCGGUUAUGGCAUGUGCAGACAGGCAAGCUUCUACACACCUGGGAGUUCAACACCAGUAUCAAGCGCUGUGAAUUCUCGCCAGACGGCAGGCAAUUGCUCGGUGUUACCGAGAAGCGAUCCGGCCAUCUCUCCACCAUCUGCGUGUACCCAAUCAACCCAGACCCAGAGGCACAACAGUCGGAUGAGCAACUGCUCAGGAUCGUAUGCGACGAAUCCAAGGCGACAGUCGCUGGUUUCUCGUAUCUUGCGAAAUACAUCAUAAGUGGACACGAAGAUGGCUCAGUAACGCAAUGGGAUGGCAAGACUGGAGAGCUGCUCAGCUCAAACUACGACGUCCAUGAGCCAGACAUGCAAAUCACUGACAUUCAGUGGGCACCUGACAGGUCAUACUUCAUCACCGCAAGCAAGGACAAGACGGCCAAGCUUGUCGACGUUGAAGACCUCAACGUCCUCAAAUCAUACGUGGCCGAUACACCGCUGAACUCGGCAGCAAUCACACCAGUAAAGGACUAUGUUAUCCUCGGCGGAGGACAAGCCGCCAUGGACGUCACAACCACAUCCGCUCGCCAAGGAAAAUUCGAGGCGCGUUUCUACCACAAGAUCUUCAUGGAGGAGAUUGGUCGUGUGCGUGGUCACUUUGGACCCCUCAACUACGUCGCUGUUCACCCUCAAGGCACCAGCUACUGCAGUGGAGGAGAAGAUGGAUACGUUCGUGUGCACCACUUCGACAAGCCGUACUUUGACUUUAUGUACGAGGUUGAACGGGAAGUUGCGCAGGCGAACUUGUAAUGUAUGAGUUCAGAGUAGAUUGGGACCAUGUGGAUUGAUAUGGCUGCAUGCAUGCAAUGGCGUUCCGGCGGCUGGUUGGGUGCUCGUCGAUUUCUAGACGAGUCUUUGUCAAAAGUCCAUGAGCUAAGAGCACGUAGACAUGAUGAAAGUAUGUAAACGCUUCAGCGCAUCAAUGAAUACUUCACACAAGCAAA